AUGUCCACAAAUUCGCCACCAUGUCGUGGUUCUUGUGGUCAACAGACCAGUGAGGCGCACACGGAAGAUAGCAACGCUUGGAUUCCUCACGCGGUGUUUGCUGCGAAUCCCACGGACAAGCGAAAAAGUGAGCUGUGUCAUCAACAAGCUGACUCUAGUCGACACCGUAAUUCUGCGGAUAGCUCCACAGAGUUGGACCGUACACGAGAGAUCACCGGCAACUUACAGGACAGUAUUAUGACCAGGAUAUCGACUCUCAGGGCACUUUGUGAUGAAGGAUACAUUACAGAGGAAGAGUACGAACGACGAAAAUGUGUCAUCAUGGACGAACUUACAUUCUCGUCAAUAGUGCCUAUUUUGACUACGGAGAAAACGGUCACUCAGCGAAGACGCACAACGUUUCGUCGAACGGAAGGCUUGCCUCUUAUUGUGCCUCAUGCGCCGGACUUUCAAGAGUUGAGUCCAGAAGUAGCUGUCAAGCAUAUGUUUAACUACGCCACGCGACAGUGGAGCAGUACGCAGGUGUGCAUUAAUUUAGACGAGACGCCUUUUAGCAAAGGAAGUCUGCGAUUAGUGUAUCAUUUACAAGAUUUGAGUACGGAUAAUGGCAGUUGUUACACAGGCAGCUUCGUGGCCAAGCUAGCCAUCGACCCAGACGAGGAUCCACAAACGUACUUUAGAGAUAUCGAGCUGCAAGCCCACUGCGCGCAUUACGCACAAGUGUACAACUCGUACACGCCCCCUAAGCGUGUCGAGUUUAUCCCAGCGUGGGUGUUAGAGCUGCCUGAGCGAAACGGUGCACUGUGUGCAGUAGAGGCUUAUAUCCCAGGCGAGUACCGCAAACACAACAACAAUUUCGGAUCUGUCAGCGAUGAUGAGCGUAACACGCCUCAGGCCUUUUCGCACUUUACGUAUGAAGCAUCGAAUCACGAAUUGUUAGCUGUGGACAUACAAGGAGUAGGAGAUAUGUACACGGAUCCGCAGAUUCAUACGCUUAAUGGACACGAUUUUGGAAAAGGUAAUCUCGGUGUCCUGGGGUUUCAGAAGUUCCUCUCGUCACAUCGAUGCAACUCCAUUUGCCGCUAUUUAAAACUUCCACCAGUCAACCCCAAAUCUCGUCAUGCAGAUUCAGGUACAUUGCCUGUUCAGGAACUUAUGAAUCGGGACUGCGUUCGCUCUACACAUUUUGAUUCGCGACACUAUUACGAAAACGCCCCGAUGUUGCAAAAGUACGUGACUCAGUGUCGCGACAUGGAUAGCGAACUAUCUUUCGAUUCGUCUUGCAGUUGUUAUCGGCGAUUUCGGAAGCGCUACAUGAACCAACUCUCUGAUAACGCGAAUUCAUGCAAAGAUUCUUUUUGCGGUGUAUGGUGGAUUUGA